AUGCUUAAAGAUAAUUAUAAAGAAUUAGCUAAAAUUGCUCAAAAAACAUAUAAUGAUUCACUUGAAGAAGCUUUUAAAAUUGUAAAUUUUAAUGAAGAACUAAAAGCAGAGUACGAAAAUUUACCAUCAGCAAUUGGAGAAACUACUGAAGAUUAUGGUAAUCCUGCUAAACAUCCAUUUGAAAUUUAUUUACAAACAGUUCCAUCAUCAGUAUUAGCAAUUACUGAAAGAGAUCCAGUCAAUUUAUUAGCCGACCUCAAGUCAAAAAAAAUAUCAUGUGUUGAAGUAUUAAAAGCUUAUAUGACUGCUGCUAUAAUUGCAUCAAAAUUAACUAAUUGUAUUGUUGAAUUUUUACCAAAAGAGUCUUUUGAAUUUGCUAAAUCAUUAGAUGAAAAUUAUGAAUCUAAAAAAGAUUUACCAUUAUAUGGAUUACCAUUUUCAAUAAAAGAAAUGAUUCCGAUCAAGGGAAGAUCAAUAACUCAUGGAUCAUUAUGUUAUUUAGAUAGAAUAGUUGAUUAUAAUGCUGAUAUUAUAAAUAUUUUACAGAAAAGUGGUGCUUAUCCAUUUGUAAGAACAACUAAUCCUCAAUCAUUAAUGAUGCUUGAGUGUGUAUCAUAUCAACAUGGUAGAACAGUAAAUGCAUUUAAUUCAGAUUUAACAAGUGGUGGAUCAUCAGGUGGUGAAGGAGUACUAAAUGGUUUAUAUGCAAGUCCAUUUGGAUUAGGUAGUGAUAUUGGUGGUAGUAUUCGUAUCCCUGCUGCUUUUAAUGGAAUUUAUGGAUUAAGAACAACUUUGGGGAGAAUUCCAACUGCUGAUUAUUUUUCAUGUAAUUUAGGUUCAACAACUAUAUUAAGUGUUACUGGUCCAUUAUCUAGAUCUUUAAGUAUGGUUGAGUUAGUAAUGAAAACUAUUAUUGAUUCAAAACCUGAAUUAAUUGAUCCUUCAUUGACUUCAAUACCUUGGAAAGAUACAGCUAAACCACAGAAAAAAUAUAGAAUUGGGAUUUUAAAAUCAGAUGGGAUAGUAAAUCCAACUCCUCCUGUAUCAAGAGCUUUGGAAAUUGCUGAAACAAAAUUAAAAGAUUUACCAAAUAUCGAAGUAAUUGAAUAUAAACCAUUCAAUCAAGAAAAAGUAAUGGAAAUAUUAAGUAAAAUAUAUUUUGAAGAUGGUGCACAGGAUUUUUUAAAUACAGUAAAAGAAACCGGAGAACCAAUUUUAACUCAAACUACAUGGGCAAUUGAUGGUGCAAAAGAUUUAACUAUGCAUGAACAAUGGUAUUGGAAUUUAGAAAAAGAAAAAUUUAGAAAAGAUUAUUUAAAACAUUGGAUGAGUUAUACCAACUCCGAUGGUGAAAAUUUAGAUGCAAUUAUAGCACCAGUUUAUCCAAACGUAGCACCACGUCAUGAACAAGGUCAAUAUUGGAAUUAUUCAUGCACUUAUAACCUAUUAGAUUAUCCAGUUUUAGUUUGUCCAAUAACUAUCGUUGAUGAAUCAAAAGAUUUACCUUUAAAAAAUUAUAAACCACUAAGUGAAAUGGAUGAAUUCCAUUAUAAACAAUAUGAUUCACCUGCUUCAUUUAAAAAGGCUCCUGUAAAUUUAAGUGUUAUUGGAUUAAGAAAUACUGAUGAGAAAUUAAUUGAAAUUGGGAAGAUACUAGAAAAAGAAAUUGGUGAUAUUUUUAAUCCAAAUGGUAAAUCUGAAAAUUGUCCUACUAAUAAUUAA